AUGACUGAUGUCCACAAUCAGCAACUGACUUCACAGCUUGACACUGAACGCCCACCACCCCCGCUGAAGCGCUCAAGGACGAUGUCUCCUGACCGCCCCAACCUUCUAUCUCUCACUGUAAGCUUCCGUGGCAAGCAGCAUGUCCUGUCGUUGCUGCCGGACAGCACCCUCUCCGCACUGUAUGCUCAAUUGGAGGAGCUUACGCAAGUCCCCCCGCCGUUGCAGAAGCUUUUGUUCAAGGGAAAGAAACUGACCGGAGGCAGUGGGGAUCAGGAUAUCUCCUUAGGACAGGCAGGCCUGAAGGAUGGGACGAAGAUACAAUUGGUCGCUCCGACGCCGCAAGAACUGGAGGGUAUGAGGACGGUGGAGAACGAGAAUCAGAGGAGAGAGAGAAUCAUGAGGGAGAGAGCGUUGAAGGCGCCUGUGAAGCUACGAUCCACUGGCUCAGGUCCCAUCGUGUCCCUCUCGUCCUUGUCUUCGCCAUCCUUACAACACCGAUUCCACGACCUGAAAGCGCUGGAUCAUCUCCCAAAUCCCGACAAGGCACUGUCCCUCCUCAGGAAACUGUCAGAGGACCCGGCGAUUAAACAUGUCAUGGAGAAACACAAGUUCGCCGUGGGUCUCUUGACAGAGCUAGCUCCUCAUGAACAUCCUAAAUUGCUCGGCCUCAACCAGAAUGCGGGCCAGACUAUCCUGUUGCGAUUGCGGACAGACAAGUAUGAUGGAUUCCGGCUGUACAAGGACAUUAGGAUGGUUCUUUGCCACGAGUUGACGCAUAAUGUUUGGGGAGAUCAUGACGAGAAUUUCAAAGAACUCAACUCGAAACUCAACCGCGAAGUCGCUGAAUACGAACGUUCAGUGUCAGCUGGCACACACUAUCUCUCUGGUGGUCCCGAUGUGUACCAGCCUUCGUCAGAGCUAGAAGCAGAGGCCCGAGCUCUUACUCUUGGAGGCUCCGGAGCUUCUGCCGGCCCUUCGUCCUUCAAUGAAGAAACUCAGGAAGAACGGAGACAGAAACUGCUCCAGGCUACGAUGAACCGGCUACGGAAGGAGGAAGAGGAGAUUGAAUACUCAUGCGGGACUGGCAAAUCGACUGCAUAA